AUGUCGCCGUCGAGCUCUGCAUCCGGCAUCGUCGCCGACACAACAAAAGGGCACCACUACCUCACUAUCCAUGGCUACUAUGAUACCAAGGGCGCCCUCACCGGAGAGUGGAUCAGUUCCCUGUCCUUCACAGUCGGCGGCCACAGGUGGCGCAUCAACUACUUCCCCAACGGUAUGCGCACGGAGGUGGCGGAUUACGUGUCCCUCUCCCUGCAACUAUACAAAGAGGUAGCGACGGCGGUGAAGAUCAAGUUCGAAAUCUGUUUCGCCGACGAGGAGGAGGAGGCGGAGCAGGCGGUGGCGCUGGAGUCAGCAUCGGUGAGCGCAUUCACCUCCCGGAAGUGCUGGGAAUAUGACGACUUCAUCAGAAGGGAGGACCUGGAGAACUCCAAGCAUCUCAAGAACAACUCGUUCACGGUCCGGUGCGACAUUGUUGUCAUACACACGUACCGUUCCGCCGACAACGCGGUGGCCUACGUCUCCGUGCCCCCGUGCAACGUGUGCCAGAACCUCGGCAAGCUCUUUGAGACCAAGAUGGGCACCGACGUGGUGUUCGAGGUGGGUGGUGAGACCAUCCCCGCGCACCGAUGUGUGCUCGCGGCCUGCUCGCCGGUCUUCGCAGCCGAGCUCUUCGGACAAAUGAAGGAGGGCAAUGCUGCCGCUGCUGGCGUCGUGCGUGUGGAAGACUUGGAGAUGGAGGUGUUCAAGGCGCUGCUCCGUUUCGCAUACACGGGCUCACUGUCACUGCAGGGGAUGGAGAACGACCACGUCACGUGCCAGAAACUUCUCGUCGCGGCAGACAGGUAUGGCAUGGAGCGGCUGAAGCUAAUCUGCGAGGAGUGGAUCUGCGAGUGCAUUGAUGUGGACACGGUUGUGACCAUCCUGGCGCUAGCCGAGCGGCACCAUUGUGAGGGACCGAAGAAGGCAUGCUUCGAUUUUCUUGCGGAUCCGGCGAAGCUGAGGGGAGUCAUGGCCACCGGCGGCUUCCAGAAUCUGUGGGAAAGCUGCCCUUCUCUUAUGAUGGAGCUCAUGGACAUGUGCUUGCCGCAUUAG